AUGAAUGUCUGUGACGCUAUUGCGCCAAAUGCUGGGGAAGAAUUAUUCAAUGCGACGGCAUACUCUUCGCAACCUCAGGUGUCUGAUGAUCUUGUUGCACUUAUGUCUGCAUACCAACUUGCCUUCACCAGAAACGCAAAGCUUCAAAUUCUAAGUAUUUAUGCGAACAGUUAUCCAACAGAAACCCUGAUGAAACUACACGAGCCAUACGGAAAAUAACGAAAUGGCAAAUAAAGAAAGCGAGGGCACAUGCUAACUUAAAUAGUCCAGGUAACAAAAUAGAGAAAAUCAAGCAAAACAGGAUUCGAAUAGAUAGAACUAAGCUAGAUCAUUUUAUUGAUUUUGCGAAUCGGCCUUAUUUCUAAUUUUGCGAAUCGGCUCAAUUUAGAUUCGGGAUCAAAGCUAACAAUGCCAAAUGUAAUAUGUAAUGUUACAAGAUCAACACUGAUCUCUCAAUACACGCAUUAUUGCGAAGUGCAGAAGGUUGAGGCACUCAGUCGUGCCACACUUUUCCGGAUCGUCUCCGAAACAGAAGAACUAGGCGUGGGGAGAGAAUGGGCUGAAAUAACUGUAUAGAAAUUGAAUUCCGCCAAAGUAUAUUUGGUUCACUGUAAAGAGGAAAGUCCAUGUCCUGAUUAUUGUAGGCAUUUUGCGCUAAGUGAUCCAACAGAUAAAUUUCUCCAAGAGUCGUGCGAUCACGAGAAUUUGCUUUUCUGCGACAGAUGCGAGGAUUUGAAAUAGGUCAUCAGUGAUAUCGAAGAAGCAAUUCCAAAGAAUUCUAGUAAAUUUUUCUCCUGUGAACAAAGAGACGACUUGCUUUAUGAUUUGAAACGUGCAAAGGAAAACAUUUUCAAAUGGAAAUGUCGCGUUCUGAGAUCAUGUAGUCAAGAAACGGCAAAAUAGAAAGUCCUAUCAUCACUUGAUGAAAGUUCGGCUCAAAUUGUUAUAGGUAUGGCAAUGAAAUUCCUACAGUUAAAGCACCGAGAAAAGCAGUCUGACUGGUAUUGGAAGAGAGGUAUCAGUGGGCACGUCAGUAGUGUAGUUACAAAAAAUGUCGAGACAGCCAAGAUUGAAGUAUCAACUUACACAUAUUUAAUAGAUUCUUGCACCCAACAUUGGUAUGCCGUCGCAUCAUGCAGUCCUUGAGAAUUUUUUAAUAAAUGUUCGUAAGCGACAUCCAAGCAUAAGACAUGUUUAUAUACGGUCAGACGAAGCCGGGUGUUAUCAUAACAAUUUACUAGAAAAUACAUACAUGCAGAAACCCUCGCCUUGCUGACAAAACCGUUGUAUUUUCCGCACAUGAAGUAUUUAAAGUAGUUGGUCAGCACUUGUUUCCAACCACCAAACUGACAUGACGUCAUUUUCAGAAGAUUGAAGAGGUGUUAAAUGGCUAUGUAACUAGCCCAAACCCUACCCCUACUCUAACCCCUAACCCUAACCCUAACCGCAACCCUAACUCUAACCCUAACCCUAACCCUAACCAAAUUAAUUAAAAAAUCCAAAAAGAAACAACUUUAGAAAUUGAUCAAAUGAUGUAAUGUCAGUUUGGUAGAUGGAAACAAGUGAAAACCAAAGUAGUUGUCAUGGUAACACGAUAAUUUUUUAAGAAUAUUCUUACAAAUGAAAAUCGCCUAAAAAUAUCACUUUUAAUUACAAAAUUAUCAAUUUCCCAACAUAAGAAUGUUAAGUAUGUAAUUAUACGUAAUACAAGCUUCAAAUUAAGGUAAAUUCAACCACAAACAAUUCACAAAACGUUUUAAAGUGUUCUUUAUAAAACUAAACUGCCUUUAACUCGAGCUUUAACUAUUAAAUGGCUUUAUCGAUAAACUUUGAGUUUGCAAUAAAAUGAUUUGAAAUUCUCGCUUGCAAAUAACUUUGCUUCAUUUUUAUUUAAAAAUUCUAUAUAAUAAAAAAGGGAAUCAAUAUUAAAGAUACAUAUAUGCUGUCUUGUUUAGUUGUUUCCUCGGUUGUUUCAUUAAUACGCAAAGGCCGUCGGGUUUUAAAGCCAUUAUAAAAUCAAUAUUUAAAACAAACUCACCUUCGUUAACUUCGGCUCCCUUCUUUUAGCUGAUUCUUUCGCCGUUUCUUUCUUGAAAUUUACAAAAUCUUGCAGAAAUAAAGGCAAAAAUGAAGAAUAUUUGCAAGAUAUUUAUCAAUCAUCAACUCAUCAAAUCAAGAAAUUGUUUGUUAUUUCGCUGUCGUCAUGCAGUUGUUAUAAUGCAAACUUUAAAUUGGACCAAUCAGUGUUCGUUAUUCAUGACAAUCCGCCAUAUUUUUGAGAUCAGUGAGGAUGACCACCCAUCGUUGGUGACCGACGCCCGCGCUCAUUGAUGAACUUUAGACUUCGCUAAUGGUUUCGUUUCCCCGGGUGUAAAUAGCCGGGGGAAUUAGUACACUCGCACGGCGCUUCGCGCCGCCGGCGGCUCGGGGAUUAAUAGAAUCAUUAAAAGAUAUCGGGAACAGAGUCGGGGUAAAAGUUGUCAGUUACGACUACACUGAACCACAACACGGAUGUGACCGCACAUUAUGCCCAAUGAAACUAGCGAUUAGGAGAUAUUGCGACGAAAGCCACGAUAUUUUGAAUGCAAAAGACAUGAAGAAAGCACUACUUGAGGGUCCCGUCAGUGGAGUUACUGCUUAGGUAAACAAAAUAGACGAGUCAAAAAUGUCAGCUGAGGUAAAACCUAUGAAAGUUUUUACAACUUUGAGAUAGAAGAACAGGGUCUUAGAGUCGGGAAAGCAUAUGGUAUCAGGAAAGGGAAAUUCAUUCCUUUCUCAGAUGUUGUCGUUAAACAACAAGCACAGACAGACAUUCAGGAAGAUGAUGGAUUUUUUAAAUUUAAUGUGAGAGCUAUGAAGGAAGAGAAACAAAUGGCAGACAACGACGAAUCAGAUGCAUUCGAGUGUACCGUUCCAGGAUUCGAAAAAGUCUUCAAAUGUUUUGAAAAUCUGGAAACUCAUCUCAUCGCGGGAAACCACACCAAUACUUUUGAAAACGAGACAUUGUACGACUGCUUGAGAAAGAAAUGGUCCGAUAAAUUUCAUAUACAAUUGAUGUCAUUCAUAAAGGAAAACAAUCAGAUUCGAGUGAGGUAUUUGUAACCCUGACCAGCCCCAACGGCGCCAGACAACAAAAUGGGCCGGGCUCUAAGCAAGUCCAGUACAUCUUCCCGGUUCAGAACGAAUCUCCGCAAUUAUUUGACAGCAAUAUUUGAUAUUGGUGAGCAAACUGGCUGCAAGUUUAACUCGAGUGAUGUAGAAGCUGAUAUGCGUAAGUGUAGGAAUGAAAACGAGAGACGAUUUACUCGCGAGGAAUGGCUGACAUCAAACCAAAUCAAAAGCUUUUUUUCUCGUCUUGCUGCUGCUAGAAAAGAAAGGAAAGAAAUGGGGCGGAGGACCGAAAGAAAUGGGGAAGAAAGAAAUGAAGAGAAAAUAAUGGGGAUGUUGACCCAACGGAAGACGCAGAUGAUUCAGAAGUAG